AUGAUACGUGGCUAUCAUCCAGUUGUACAGGCCUUACUAGCAUCGCUCUUCACAUGGGGAGUCACAGCGCUUGGAGCCGGCGUCGUUUUUAUCAGCAAAACAAAAUCUACAAAGUUGUUAGAUAGCUCGCUCGGAUUUGCUGCAGGUGUAAUGAUUGCGGCUUCUUUUUGGUCACUCCUUGCACCGGCAAUAAGUAUCGCUGAGGAAACCGCGGGUGCUUUCGCCUUUCUACCGGUUGCUGUCGGGUUUAUCCUCGGAGCUGUCUUUGUCCAUUUUGCUGAUCGAAUGCUUCCAACGUGUCUGGUUGCAGAAGAAGCUAUCAUGGAGACAAUUCACAUGCAUCAAACAGAGACACAAAUGUCUCUCGUGAGUAAGGGAGAUAAAGACGUCGACAGCAACGGGUACGCUCCAGCAGAACGGUCGCUAAGGCGAUCCGCGCGUAAUGGGGAAUUAAGGCAGAGAAGAGCCGUUAUGGUCGAACCAUCAGAAGAUCGAGAGGUUGGAUUUGAUUCACGAGGACGAGCUGGUUCAGCUAUUGUGGCUCCAGCGAACAGUGAACAAUACGACGAUAAUAUCAAGAAUCAAAGUUGGCGGCGGAUUAUGUUGUUGAUUUUGGCGGUGACUGUCCACAAUAUUCCGGAAGGGCUCGCUGUUGGUGUCGGAUUUGGUUCAGUCGGGAAGAGUGAAAAGGCCACAUUUGAGUCGGCUUUCAACCUAGCUUUGGGAAUUGGAUUGCAAAAUUUUCCCGAAGGUUUAGCCGUCUCGCUACCACUUGCAGCUUUUGGUCGUUCAAAGGCUCGUGCUUUCUGGUGGGGUCAAUUGUCGGGAAUGGUGGAACCGUUUGCGGCACUCCUUGGGGCUGGGUUGGUCGUUCUGAUGGAACCGAUUCUUCCCUAUGCAUUGGCAUUUGCUGCUGGAGCCAUGAUCUACGUUGUUGUCGACGAUAUCAUUCCGGAAGCACAGAGAAAUGGCAACGCGAAAUGGGCAUCCGUUUUCUGCAUCUUUGGAUUCGUCGUCAUGAUGUCAUUGGAUGUUGGACUUGGU